AUGAACUCACUUCGCAUUGCCCGCGUGGCGCUCAGCGCCCGCUCGUCGGCGCUCAGGACGACCACCAUGCUCAAGCGAUCCUACGCCGACGUUGCGCCCGACAAGAUCAAGUUGACUCUUGCCCUGCCGCACCAAGCCAUCUACAAAUCACAGGAUGUUGUCCAGGUCAACAUUCCCGCACAAUCUGGCGACAUGGGUGUCCUCGCCAACCACGUACCCGCCAUCGAGCAGUUGAAGCCCGGUCUCGUCGAGGUCAUUGAGGAGUCCGGAGGCAGCAAGCAGUUCUUCCUGUCCGGCGGUUUCGCGACUGUCCAGCCCAAUUCCGUACUCAGCAUCAACGCCGUUGAGGGAUACCCUCUUGAGGACUUCAGCGCCGAGGCUGUCCGAAACCAAAUCGCCGAAGCACAAAAGAUCGCCGGCGGUAGCGGAAGCGAGGCUGACAUUGCUGAGGCCAAGAUCGAGCUUGAGGUCCUCGAGAGCCUCCAGGCCCACUUGAAGUAAUCGUCUGGCGUAUGUAUGUACUGUAUACCAUCAAUUCCUUCGCCUUUAAGGUCAUAUGCGAUCGGAUAUAGAAAAGAAAAUCGACCUUCUUUCUGCCUUGUCUACAGAGCUCCAGGAUUUUGGUCUGUGAACGACAGCACCUGCCGCCGCUCUCCCGCGUUUGUGCUGCUAUUCGGGCAGUCGCACAUCAUUUGGGCCUUAUGUUGGGCCAGUCACGUCCUUUUCCUCGCUGUGUAUCGUUCUUGUCGAGCUUCAAAUCACAUCCCAGACAAAAGCUUGCUUCUUCCGCU